UUCACGCCCUGGUGGGCCGGUUGGGGCAGCGACCGUGCUGGGGGCGGCGGACUCAUUGGCGGGCUGUACGGAGCGCCCAGGAAGCGAAGCAUGUAAAGUGGGAGGCCAAGUCACGGGGAUAAAAAGGGGAUUCUCCUGCGUGGCAAGAGACAAGGCGGACAGUCCCAGUCCGUCGGCAUGGCUACUACGGCGGAGCUGUUUGAGGAGCCUUUUGUGGCAGAUGAGUACAUUGAACGUUUGGUAUGGAGAACUCCUGGAGGAGGCUCUCGAGGAGGCCCUGAAGCUUUUGAUCCCAAAAGAUUGCUAGAAGAAUUUGUAAACCACAUUCAAGAACUUCAGAUAAUGGAUGAAAGGAUUCAGAGGAGGGUAGAGAAACUAGAGCAGCAAUGUCAGAAAGAAGCCAAGGAAUUUGCUAAGAAAGUACAAGAACUCCAGAAAAGCAAUCAGGUUGCCUUCCAACAUUUCCAAGAAUUAGACGAGCACAUCAGCUAUGUAGCAACUAAGGUCUGUCACCUUGGCGACCAGCUGGAGGGGGUAAACACACCACGGCAACGAGCUGUGGAAGCUCAGAAACUGAUGAAAUACUUUAAUGAGUUUCUAGAUGGAGAGUUGAAGUCUGAUGUUUUUAAAAAUGCUGAAAAGAUAAAGGAAGCAGCUGACAUUAUUCAAAAGUUACACCUAAUUGCCCAGGAGUUACCCUUUGAUAGAUUCUCUGAAGUGAAAUCAAAAAUAGCAAGUAAGUAUCAUGAUUUAGAAUGCCAACUUAUUCAGGAGUUUACCAAUGCCCAAAAAAGAGGUGAAAUCUCCAGAAUGAGAGAAGUGGCAGCAGUUUUACUUCACUUUAAGGGUUAUUCCCACUGUGUUGAUGUAUAUAUAAAGCAAUGUCAAGAGAAUACUAAUUUGAGAAGUGAUAUAUUUGAAGAUACAGCAAUACUCUGCCAACGUGUAAACAAACAAGUUGGAGAUAUAUUUAGUAGUCCAGAAACAGUACUGGCCAAACUUAUACAAAAUGUGUUUGAAAUCAAACUACAGAGUUUUGUGAAAGACCAGUUAGAAGAAUGUAGGAAGUCUGAUGCAGAACAGUAUCUUAAAAAUCUCUAUGAUCUUUAUACAAGAACUACCAAUCUUUCCAGCAAGUUGAUGGAGUUUAACUUAGGUACUGAUAAACAGACUUUCUUGUCUAAGCUUAUCAAAUGCAUUUUCAUUUCCUAUUUGGAGAAUUAUAUUGAGGUGGAGAUUGGUUAUUUGAAAAGCAGAAGUGCUAUGAUCCUACAACGCUACUAUGAUUCAAAAAACCAUCAGAAGAGAUCCAUUGGCACCGGAGGUAUUCAAGAUCUGAAAGAGAGAAUCAGACUACGGACCAACUUACCACUUGGGCCCAGUAUUGAUACACAUGGUGAAACCUUCCUCUCCCAAGAAGUAGUGGUUAAUCUUUUGCAGGAAACCAAACAAGCAUUUGAAAGAUGUCAUAGGCUUUCUGACCCAUCUGAUUUGCCAAGGAAUGCCUUUAGAAUUUUUACUGUUCUUGUGGAAUUUUUAUGUAUUGAACAUAUUGAUUAUGCCUUGGAAACAGGACUUGCUGGAAUUCCUUCUUCAGAUUCUAAAAAUGCAAAUCUCUACUUUUUGGAUGUUGUGCAACAAGCCAACACUAUUUUUCACCUUUUUGACAAGCAGUUUAAUGAUCACCUUAUGCCACUGAUAAGCUCGUCUCCUAAGUUAUCUGAAUGCCUUCAGAAGAAAAAAGAUAUAAUUGAACAAAUGGAGAUGAAACUGGAUACUGGUAUUGAUAGGACUCUGAAUUGUAUGGUUGGACAGAUGAAGCAUAUCUUGACUGCAGAACAAAAAAAGACUGACUUUAAACCAGAAGAUGAAAAUAAUGUUCUGAUUCAAUACACUAAUGCAUGCGUUAAAGUCUGUGGUUAUGUCAGGAAGCAAGUGGAAAAGAUUAGGAAUUCUAUGGAUGGGAAGAAUGUGGACACAGUUUUGAUGGAAUUUGGAGUACGUUUUCAUCGACUUAUUUAUGAACAUCUUCAACAAUAUUCCUACAGUUGUAUGGGUGGCAUGUUAGCAAUUUGUGAUGUAGCCGAAUAUAGGAAAUGUGCCAAAGACUUCAAGAUCCCACUGGUAUUACAACUUUUUGAUACCCUGCAUGCUCUUUGCAACCUUCUGGUAGUGGCCCCAGAUAACUUAAAGCAGGUCUGCUCUGGAGAACAACUUGCUAAUCUGGACAAGAACAUCCUUCACUCCUUUGUGCAGCUCCGGGCUGACUAUCGGUCUGCCCGCUUGGCUCGGCACUUCAGCUGAGGUUGAGUUUGAAAGAGAAAAUUGAUGUACUUUGGCUAAGCCUUGAUUUUUAGAAAGCACACAGAGGAUUCCUUACCGAUUAGCUACAUUUUUACAGGAAAAUGACUAUUCAGAACAAUAUGGCAGCCAUAUUGAAACUCAGAAUUUUAUUAGGGGAAAUGGAGAUUGAUAGUAACAUUUUGCAAUUUUUUUCUCUAAUGAUUUCAGCCAACUCUUGUAUUAUAAAUUACUUGUCACUGUUUUCACCAUUGGAGGUGUUUAUGUGGGAAGGCAAGUAAAAUAUUACCAGCAUUCCUCUUUGUUCUUUAUGGAUUCUAUUUGGAGACUUUAACUAUGAUGUUUUUAGCACAGGUGAUGGCUGACAGCUGAAACUCAUUUGUUCACCAGUUAUUUAUUUCUUCACUAUAACCAAUCAUUAAUCAAAUUCUUUUAGGUGUUUAUAAAUAAAUUUCCAUUAUCCAACA